AUGUUCUUGGGUACGAGGACUGAGGCUAAACUCCGGUUCGUGAAAUCAAAAAUAGCUAGCCAGCGUUAUGCUAUUUGGGUUGGAGAAAAUUUGCCGGAAUUUUUUGAUUGGAGAAAAGAAAGGAAGUUGCUGGGCUUUCUCGACUGUUGCUGCCGUGGACUGGAAAGCAUAAACCAGAUAGUUAUAGGGGAACUUAUCCCUCUAUCAGAACAAGAACUUGUAGACUGUGACAGAAUUGAAAAUUCUGGGUGCAAUGGAGGCCUAAUGGACUAUGCCUUCCAAUUCAUUAUAGCCAAUGGUGGCAUGGCCGCAUGGACACUGAAGAUGAUUACCCCCACAGGGGGAUUGAUGGCAGAUGUGAUCCUGCCCGGGCUCGUGUUUUUCGAGUUUUUCGAGCUAAUUAUCAUAUCAUAUGACCCUAUAAAGUAUAAAGACAGCCCGGGUGUAUUUACGGCUCGAUGCGGGACAGAUUUGGACCAUGGUGUCGUAGUUGUCGGCUAUGGCACGGAAAAUGGGCUCUAUUAUUGGAUUGUAAGGAACUCAUGGGAAACAAACUGCGGUGAAAAUGGAUAUAUCAGAAUCCAGCGUAACGCAUUGGGUAUUCGUUCUGGAAAGUGUGGUAUUGCAAUCAAACCUUCAUAUCCAACGAAGACCAAGUCUAAUCUGGUUCAUGCAAGCGUUUAA